GGAGUAAGUGGCUUCUCGUACAAGCUAGAACUGUACACGGGACAAGAAAACUCUGCCCCAAGACGUGCAGGAGAGCCUGACUGUGGAGCAAGCGGGAACAUUGUUGUUCGAUUGUGCAGGUUAAUCCCAAGAGGAGUCCACCACAAAGUGUAUUUCGAUAACUACUUCAACUGUCCAACCCUUCAGGUGUACCUGGAAAAAGAAACCGUGCACUGCAUUGGUACAGUCCGGAUCAACCGAGUAACGGGUAUCAGCAUGCCAUCUGACAAGGAAAUGAAACAGAAAGGAAGGGGAAGCUUUGAAGAGAAGGUAGCGACCCUGGAUGGCAUUCAGCUGUCGUGUACAAGGUGGCAAGACAACAGAGCCGUCACCUUGCUGUCCACCUUUGUUGGGGCAGAGCCUGUCCUAACUGCGCCAAGGUGGAGCCAAAAAGAAAAGGAGAGGCGCGACAUACCGUGUCCGUCGGUGAUAGGCGCUUAUAACAAGCACAUGGGAGGAGUGGAUCUCUUAGACUCUCUGAUCUCCCUCUACCGCGCCCAUCUCCGAUCGAAGAAAUGGUACUUUCGUAUUUUUCUUCAUAUUCUCGACUUGACGGCUGUAAAUGCCUGGCUGCUGUACAGGAGGAAUGCCGAGACUACUUCCGAUCAACCAACACGAAAGCUCAUGCCAUUAGCAGAGUUCAAGGUGGACCUCGCCACGUCACUCUGCAAAGCAGGAAAAAAUCAACUGAAGAAAAGGGGAAGGCCCAGCAAUGAGUCCGUGGAGCAAGGCAUCCAGCUGAAGAAGACAAGAGGUCCUUCAGCACCGUGUCCACCUCAAGAUGUCAGGAUUGAUCAGGUUGGCCACUGGGCGCUUUGGAGUCAGAAGCGACAGCGUUGCAAGUUUCCUGGAUGCAAGGGCAUUUGUAUGAGCUACUGCUCUAAGUGUGGCACUCACCUGUGCUCAACAAGCAAGAAUAACUGCUUUCUUUUGUAUCACACAAGCAAAUGAGGCCACAUCUCUCACUGAUGUCUGUAAAUACAAGUUUGGCUCUGGUUCACAAAUUUUUAGCAUUCGGCUAUAAAUAUUUCGUUAUUUCCAUCUUGUUGCAAAUAUGCAACAUACCUAUCUUUUUUCGAUAUAAAUUUUUUCGAAACUUUGAAAUUUAUUUUAGUGAUAGUAUUGUGAUAACUGUGGUAUUCUACUUCUGCUGGAAUAAAAUUGUGAAAAAAUAAAA